AUGGAACGAGAAGGUAGUAGUAGGGCCCGAUUAGCAGGCAACCUUGGGGAUUCGUUCGGAGGUGGGAGAUCAGCUUUUCGGGGAGGAUCAUCAAGUCCAUCCCAGUCUUAUGCUCAGUCUUCAGCUAGUGCCCCGCCAUCAGGGCACGGUCAGCAGCAGGGGAGUCGUUUUAGGCUCGGUCAGGGCAGCAGGGAGUCCCACCAUCAAGAAUGUUACGGAUGCGGAAUGAGAGGGCAUAUUCAGAGGGAGUGUCGUGCAUCCCGUCAGGGUGUAGGCAGGGGCACAACUCAGUCAUCCAGUCCUACAGCUGCUACAUCUUCAGCACACCCUCCAGCUGGAGGCUAUUCAACACCCGCAGGGCGUGGUACAGCUAGGGAUGGUGCACAGAGUUUGGGAGGACCCGACUGA